AUGGCCACUACACAGCAGGAAACACAUUUGAAGCCGAAUCGGACGCGCUCUGCUGGAGUCAAGAGACAGCGAGCGGUGGAGGUACAAAGACCACGGAAGACUUUGCGCUUAGACGACUCACCUGAGGAGCUCGCGGUCUCGAAAGCAGGCGAAAGGACCGACUGCUACAUCUCUGGAUGUGACGACCGAGGAGAGACAAGCCUGCAAGUCAGCCCAAAGACCUCUCCUCCGAGACAGACAACAGCGCAGUGCCACCGAGUACCACAAAGCAAUUGCGCCAAAGGCCGUCGUAAUCUGCAGCGACCGCCAGCUGAGGAAGACCACUUGGCGCCGAAAACAUCCACUCGUUCGUAUGAGGACGAGCAACAUCCCAUUGCAUAUUGGGCGCUAAGCAAUCAAUGGCCUCGUAGCUACAUCAACAACUCUAAAGAUAUGGAGGAUAUACUCGCGCGGAAAAGGUCACUGUCUUCCCGGAGCAGGAAGAACUCGGACGCAGACUCAGCACCCACUGGGUCGGUUAAACCGAGCGAGCAGCAGACUGCCGAAUACAGGAGACCAGAAUAUAAAGAGCUCUUGAGGACGCGGAAUGUAUUCAUGGAAAAGUCUGCCGUCGGUGUUGGAGAUCCAGGCAAGACGCUCUGCGGGAAACUUCUCAUCGAUGAGCAGAUCGCUCCUCCUGGUACGCUUUUUGAUGAUGACAUAUUUGAAGAUACUUGUAAGAUGGUGGAGGACCGGAACGAAGCGAAGGUCAUUCAGGAUAUUGCACGGCUCGUCGUUCCGUCGGCGGAGACCAUGGCCAUUCGCGGCACGACAAUACAAAAAGGCUUGGUCGAGAGCGUCAAUGAAGGAUGGAACAAUUGCAUUCCUAUCACCAAAACGCGGCCUCAGCCAGACUAUGCGGUCGGCUUCCGCCGGCGUGCAUUCACGCAGGAUCAGCUCGAUAGGAUGAAGCCCAUUGUCGGCGACUUUGACGACCAGUCUUAUUUCAUGGCUUCAUGGUACAUGUGCUUUCCCUUUUUGACCUGCGAGGUCAAGUGCGGCGCCGCGGCUCUUGACGUUGCAGAUCGCCAGAAUGCUCACAGCGCGGCGAUUGCGGCGCGCGCCGUGGUAGAGCUGUUUCGAGUGGUGAAGCGUGAGAAGGAGCUGCACCGAGAGAUUCUUGCCUUUUCUAUUUCACACGACCACUCGACAGUCAGAAUCUAUGGACACUACGCCGAGACCGAUGCCGCCGAGACAAAGUACUAUCGCCAUACCAUACACAAAUACGACUUCACUGCGUUGGAUGGCAAAGAGAAGUGGACAGCCUACAGGUUCACCAAGAAUGUCUACGACCACUGGAUGCCCGUACACUUCAAAAGAAUCUGCUCGGCCAUCGAUCAGAUUCCGGCUGGCAUCAGCUUCUCCGAGUCACAGUCCGAGCUUCAUUUCUCCGAGCCAACUGGGCUGUCGCAGGACAUGAGUGUGUACAGUGUGGCACGGUCAAGCGAGGGUUCCGUGUCUGCACAAGUUGAGCAUGCUACGACGUCAAGCAUCGGCCAAGGUACGACUGCUACUCCUGGAACUUCUGUUGAUGGAGGUGCUGUGUUCAAGAAACCACGGAGGGGGAAAGGAACACGAGGGUGA